GACCCGCAUGGCUUGUUACCUGGUCAUCAGUUCGAGACAUCUCAGCAAUGGGCACUACCGGGGCAUUAAAGGAGUCUUCAGAGGGCCCCUCCGCAAGGACGGAUCUCGCUCUCCGGAUUUUCCAGAAAAGGAGAAGUCCACAGCAAAGGCCCUGGAAGAUGUAAAGGCAAACUUUUACUGUGAAUUAUGUGACAAGCAGUAUCACAAACACCAGGAGUUUGACAAUCAUAUUAACUCUUACGAUCAUGCUCAUAAGCAGAGACUGAAAGAAUUAAAGCAACGGGAAUUUGCUCGGAAUGUAGCUUCCAAGUCAUGGAAAGAUGAGAAGAAACAAGAAAAAGCUCUUAAACGACUGCACCAACUGGCUGAGUUAAGGCAACAGUCUGAAUGCAUUUCUGGAAAUGGACCAGCAUACAAAGCCCCCAGGUUAGCCAUAGAAAAGCAACUCCAACAAGGAAUUUUCCCAGUUAAGAAUGGCAGAAAGGUAUCAUGCACGAAGAGUGCUUUUCUCCUUAAAGGAAAGAACCUCUCCAGAAGCAUUUCUGAUAAACAGAGGUCCACCAUGCCAAAUCGACACCAGUUACAAAUGGACAGGCAUUGUUUGUUUGGAAAUCGGGUAUCACAGACAUCUUCUGAUCUUGGCAAUACAAAUCACAGGACGGGUGUAUCAUUUUCUUUUUCCAAGAAAGUGCAUCUCAAGCUAGAAUCUUCAGCAUCAGUUUUCAGUGAGAACACAGAGGAAACCUAUGAUUGUAACAAGUCACCCAUCUAUCAGACAAAACAAACUGUAGAGAAAUGCAAGUGCCGCAGGUUAGCAAAUGAGGAUACACACCUCACUAAGGAAAGAGAUAAAAACAUCCCACCAAACCAUGUGGAAAGUGUUUUACACAAUACUUUCUCCAUAAGCUCUCAAGUUAUGCAAGAUAAAAAUGAUUCUGUUGAUGAGACACUAGAAGAUUCUAUUGGCAUUCAUGCUUCAUUCUCUAAAUCUAACAUUCAUCUUUCAAAUGUAGAUUUUACUCCUUCCAGUAGAGAAAAAGAAACUAGAAAUACAUUGAAGAACACUUCAGAACGCUGCGUUCAUCGCUUAAACCAAGCGAAUGCUCCUUCCAGCCCACCAAACAUUUACAAGCACAGUGAUGCCAGGAUAUUUGAAUGUCUGGAUGCGUUUCCAUCACUAGAGCCAAGUAAACUAUACAGUAAAAUGCAUCUGAAUCACAACUCCAGUAUGGAAAAAACAGAAAAAUCUUUGGUUGAAACAGAAAAAGUGAGCAAAAAUAAGCAAAGACUUGUAAGAGAAAUAUAUUCCCAUGAUGCGAAGCCCAAACCAUUGCCUUUCCUCCAUGUGCAGGGCAAGGAUGGCCACACCACUCUCCAAUGGCCUACAGAACUUCUGCUCUUCACAAAAACAGAGCCCUCCAUCUCUUACGGCUGUAACCCAUUAUAUUUUGAUUUUAAACUUUCUCGGAAUGCAAAGGAUGGCCGUGAUCCAGAGGACUUAAAAACAGAAUUGAUUAAGGAGCCCUCAGAAACGAAGACUACAAGAGAGAGCAAAGUCUCAGGUUUAAUCAAAGACCAACAAAAAUUGAUCCAAGAUGAUAAUCAAUCUCUGAAACCAAAGAUGAUGAAAGCUAAUCCAGAUUGGGGUAAUUUCCAACGGAAAUAUAAUUUGGGCUACAGUGAUUCUGAGCCAAAUACGAGUCGACAUAAUUUUAGUGCAAGUGAUUUGGAAAUGAAAAAUUCUGAAGUGCCUGCUUACCUUGAUUUAUCUCUAAAGAAUUGGGUAGGAAACAAUAAUAAUAGUGGUAAUGAAUUUAAGAACCCUUCAAGGACCCAUCAGCAAAAUUGCCGUAGGGUCAUUCUACAUGAUGCAAAUGAGGACCUAUAUUUUUCUCCUUACAUCUCCAGGACUAAAAAGCAUAAACUGAUUCCUUGCAGCCCUCAUUCGGAUUUUGAAGAUGGAAAUCACUUCACCUGGAAUUCUAGGCCUUUCACAGUAAGAGGUCACCGAGAUCGUGGGAAGGACUUUCAUGUAAUCUUGAAUAGUAACCACAUCGGCAUGACCAGCAGCGCUUCUGGAUGUAGAAACCGAAGUUACAAAAGGAAUUCUCCAAAGUUGUCCCUGGAUAGAAGUUCUAGCCCUUCAGACACAUCUCCUGGCAGUCUGUCCAGCUUAAGAAGUACUUGUUCUGCUCAUAGGUCCAGUUCAGAUGGCAGAGGUAAUUUGCUCUACUUCUGUAGAAGAGAGCGCAACUCAGAUGAAGGGCACAAAGGGAAACGCCGAAAACGCAGCUGCCUCUGCUUGUCUGGGGAGACAGCAAAGAACAGCUGCCUGCCGUCUGAAACACAGAGAGAUGGGAACUGCCAAUUGUGGGAGUCAUUCAAAAAUGAAAAGCACUCAAAACAUAGAUAUGGCCACUGCACAGAAAGAUAUCAACUGGGCAAAAAUCAACAACUUUCAGGGCUGAAAACCAGGAGAAUCGUGCAGUGUGAUUCUAGCUCUCAAGUGUCCUACGCUGGGAACAGUAAGACACCUAAUCACCAGGGACCUCAGCACAGUAGGUUGGGCUUUUACUCAAGAGAGCGAAUUUAUUACUUAAAUAAAAGUGAAAGAAAUCAAGAGUGUUUGGACAGCCCUCAAAUUAGUGAUCUGGGCAAAGUAAAAUUCAGGCAGCAUAACUCUGGGAAUAUCAGCUGCCUGCUGAGCAAUGGUUCCAGCAGCCCUUCAGAAACCACAGAGGUGAAUAUGGCAGAAGGAGAGAAGACCCCCCUGACAGCCAAAAGCCUCUUAGAAAGAGUACAAGGCAAGAGGUGUCAGGAACAAUCAGCUAAUCUUGAGGUCUCUUCAGACAGUUGUAGAAAUGACUCAGAGGCUCAUUCACAAAUUCAGAGCACAAUUCAGUUUGCCCCACUGGGCUGCAACAGACCAGCAUUGCCUUUGUCAGAAAAAAUGCAGAACACAAAUAAAACAAGAAAUGAUAAAGGCAGUGUAGUUCAAAGGACUCCUGAGAAAGACGGAGUCAAAAGUUCACAGACAAAUAAUUUUACUGUUUUAGUAGAUCCUGAUUGUGAUAACCAUCUUGCUAAAGGUAUAAUUCACAUAGUAACAGAGUCUCAGUCACCAAACACAAAAAAGAACCCAGGAAAAGAACAAGUAAAACCUUUCAUUAGUGAAGUUCAACAUUUAAUUCAAAACUGUGACCCAGUAUCAAAUGAUCUCCCCGGUGCUCUUCCAUCUAAUAGAUACCCUGGUGUUACUGAUUCAACAGAGACCAAAGAGGACCACAUAGAUCUAGCCUUACAGGAUUUAAGCAUGCACAGGCGUCAUGUAGAGGGAAAUAUCCACUCUUACUAUGACAGAGCUAUGCAGAAGCAUGACCCAGUGGAAGAUGAAUUAGAACUGUGUCAUAAAUCUGUCUCUCCCCCUUUAACUCAACAGCCAAUAACAUUUUCUCCUGAUGAAAUAGAUAAAUAUAAGCUCCUACAGCUACAAGCCCAGCAGCAUAUGCAGAAACAGCUCCUGUCAAAGCAUCUUCGGGUUUUGCCCCCUGCAGGGCCCACUGCCUUCUCUCCGGCCUCAACUGUACAGACGGUCCCGGGUCACCAGCACACUUCUAUCACCACCAUCCACCACACAUUCCUGCAGCAUUUUGCUGUUUCUGCAUCCAUAAAUUCCCACAGUAGCCACCUCCCUGUAGCUCAUCUACAUCCUCUUUCUCAGCCACAUUUUACUCCAUUCACAUUUUCACCUCUGACUCCAGCCAUCAUCCCUGCACACCCCACUUUCUUAGCGGGCCACCCCCUGCAUUUAGUGACAGCCGCCCCCUUACACUCACCUCACAUAACACUUCAGCCCCUGCCCCCUGCAGCUUUUAUUCCCGCAUUGUUUGGUCCUCACUUAAACCCAGCCACAGCUUCUAUCAUCCACUUGAAUCCUUUAAUCCAGCCAGUGUUUCAAGGUCAAGAUCUUUGCCACCAUACUUGCUCCAGUCAGAUGCAACAAUUAAAUGGAAUGAAAGAGGCCUUACAUGUAUCAGCACAGUUGAACUAACAGGUGUUAAUGCUCCUCUUGUGGAUAGUAAAACAAAUUGUCACUACCUACAAAAUGAUGUAUUUAAAGUGGUCUAUUUGAUUGUUACAAGAUUUUAAAUGUUGGUGCCAGUUCAAAAUGUGAUAUAUAAAUAUAACUGAAUUGCCAAUAUUGAAAUAGGAGCAUUUCAAGAAUUUCUUUUAAUUUGCAUAAAUAAUAAAGCAAAUUUUAAAUAAUUUUAUGGAAAAGUAAAGGGAGAAGUGUUAAAGGUCUGUUUGGGAUGAGUUCUCAUAUAAUGUUAUAAUUUAUAACAUCAUAAAUGAUAUAAAAUAUGCAAGCCGGUCAUUAAUAUUACAAAGAAAAUCAAAUGGAACAUAAUACUGUAUGUUUUAGGUGUUUGUUGAGUAAAUGAAUGAAUGCACAUUUGAUUUUAUUCAUCAGAUGAUAAUAGUGAAAUGAACUAAUUAUUGGAAGUAAUUCCUAUGGGUAACUAUUGACUAAGCUUUCAAUCAAUGUAAUCUGUUUCCAUCAAUAUAACCUAUAUUUUCAUAGGAUAUAAGAGAUGGCAAGAAAUUUUCUGAUUAAUUCAGGUUGAAAACUACUCUUCAGUGAAAAACAAUCUUUACACAGAUUGUUUUGUUGAGUUUUUGUGAAAAAUCGGGUUAUCGUCAUUUCACACACAUUUAUGUUUGGAAUUUUGUAAUUGUAAGAAGCAACCAUAUCUAAAAUUAAGAAUGUUUAAUUUUUUUAAGAAAACAUAUAAACCAUCUUUAGUAUUUGGUAAUACAAAAUAAAAUACACUCAACAUUUUGAAUAUAUUCAUCAAUCUUUUGAAUAUUAUAAGAACUGAAAUACUAAGUUUUCUUUAUUCUUCUACACAGAAAUCUUACUGUGUUCAGCCAAUAUAUGAGUAAGUGGAAAGGUAAAGUUUUGGAAAUUCAGAAUUUUUACAUGAUAUUCAUUGAGAAAAUCUUAUAAAUUAU